GAGCGGCCAGUUACUGAUGCGAUCUUUAUAAGUACACAGGACACAGUUUUUAUAUUUUUUAUACUAGUAUUUCAGUAUAUACCUAGUCUAUAUAUUGAGGAUACGUAAAGUGAGGUGCGUGACAAAGGAGACUGGCCGACAAUCGAUAUGAGAUCAAUAAUUUGUGUUCUCUUACUGAGCACUGGCGUGCUAGCAGCGACAGAUGGGCGGCGCGUGCGGGUGAGGCCUGUCUCGAGUACCGAGGACCAAGACAACCGCGGCCGCCAGGUCGAGUACUACGCCGAGCAGUCCGAUGAGGAGAAUGCGCCGGUGCUUGUGUCUCGGCAGGACACCUACGGUCGCGCGACCGGAGCCGCCAGAGCUGUGCCGGGAGGCGCACCGCGGCUGAGGCCCGAGACCAGGCAGCCGCCUGUGCAGACCAUACGCAACUACAACAAGCUCAACGACGACGGAUCGUUCACCUUCGGGUACGAAGCUGCUGAUGGCAGUUUCAAGGAAGAAACCCGAGGCACCGAUUGUGUGGUGAGAGGCAAGUACGGAUACGUCGACCCUGACGGCAACAAACGUGAGUUUACUUACGUAUCAGGCAACCCUUGUGACCCUAACGCUGUUGAACAAGAAGAAGAAGAGCGUCCAUCUUCAGAGAGUGGCGAGGAGAACGUUCCCCAAAACUACCCCCGCCGUCCUAUCAAGCCAGCCAGCCUUCGUCCAGUCAGCGCUCCCAAACCUCUCCGACCUGCCACCACUGUGUUCCAGAACACAUACAAUACCGGCUCCUACGAGGAUGGCCGCAACAGCGCUGAGGAUGAAGGAGAGAGUGAUGAUGAUGACAGCAGGCCCCAAGCUCCACUGCCAGUCAGGCCCUUGUACCGACCUGUCAGCAGCUCACUGCAGCCAUCAAUCAUUCGUGGAGCUGCCACACCAAAAGCCUCAACGUUUGUUUCAACCACACCAGCUCCCAGGCAGCCUGUAAGAAUAACUCCAAGACCAGCAACUGCUGAGUUGCCAGCCACCACAUACAGGCCACAACUCCUGGCAUCACCAACCCCCACUCCUGUCUACAGCAAGCGUCCAUCUGGACCCACCACCCCAGGAAGCCUCAAUUUUGAUGAAGAGCUCAAGAAGUUCCAGAUUGAUAACAAUGUUGUGUCAACACCUCGUACACCCACUGGUAAAACCCUUUCCACUGACCCAAUCUAUCAAUCAGAACUUGUCUUUGAUCCAGCAUCUGGUCAGUACAACACAGUGCUCUACCAACAACUCCCGCAGACCCAGGGAGACUUCAACCUGAGACACAGGCUCCAGCCAUAUGUUCACAAUCCAGCUCCAAAUCCAUUCUUUCCUCCAGCAAGGCCAUUCCCAGCCCCUGAGCGUACUGUGCCAUCCCCAGUGUAUCAGCAGCAGCUAUUCCAGCAGCAGCAAGCUGCACUCCUGCAGCAGUCGCAACAGCUGUUCGCUGAUCAACAGAAGAGGAAGCAACAGCAGAAGCCCUCCUCAGAAGAGGACCCCCGAUCAUUCCAGACUCAGAGGUUCCCACCCUCACUAUUGCGUCAGGAGCCACAGCAAUUUCAGCCUCAGUCUCAAAGGUUUGCCACCCCCAAACCAGAAGCUACACAGAGAUUUCCGCCCGGUGGAUUCUCUCCUAGCCCCAUUCAAUCGUUCUACUAUGUAUCGCCACAGCCAAAUCAAGCAAACCUAGCAUCUGGACAAAUCGAUUCCUUCCUCAGGGGACACAGUCUCGCUAUCUAGUCCAUACAGAUCUAGAAACUUGCAGCCUAUUAUCUGUGUGAGCAGCAUUGCGUGUAUUCCAAGCUAUGGUUUCCAAAGAAUAUAGCCUAUACUCAAGCAAAACAGAUUUCAAAACUAUAUUGAAACAUCCAACUUCUUUUUAAAUAAUAAUUAGAUAAACUCUAUAUAGAUACUCCAAUAUAUUAUUCUUAAUGAACCAAAUUAAAUUCCAUUUAUUUAAUCAAUUGAGGAUAUUGAAACCAUGGUUGUUCUUGAUUGUAUAAUAUGAUUCUGAAGAUUUUCUAGGAAAGCAUAGCUCUAAGAUGCAAGCACAGUUAGAGCUCGGCUAGUCGAUUAAGAAAUAAUAUAAUUCGGUUCUUCUCAUAAUUUUGUAUCCAGUUAUAAUAUAUGGUAAAUAUCUUCACUAUGCAUGAAUCAUGAGAAAUUAUUCAAGAAUCUUUCGUACUCCAUUCUCAUUGAUAAAUCUAUCUGAUGGGAUUACUCUUACUUAUUUUAGUCUGUAAGGCCAAUGGAAUAUCAGAAAAGACAUACCCUCUUUAUUCGAUGACGAUACUUUUUAUGGACUGAGAAGAUUUCAAUUGAGUUGUAAUCAAUCAAUUUGUAUCUUGAAUGUAAAGUUGAUAAUGGGUUAUUAAGAAGUAGCUUUUCAUCCCUUCCUUCUUAUAUAAUAUAUGAAAAACUCACUAAUUGUUCAAAUCAAAAUCCAUUCCGUGUCAUUCUUCAAUUUCAUUUUGAUCAACUGUCGCUCAAUAGGUAAGAGUUUUUUUUGUUUUUGUGAGAUCUGUUGCAUUUAUUAGUAGUUUUCUGUAAAUAAAUAAAAUUAAUGUGUAGAUUCACUAUAGAAUCAACAGCCAUAAGAUAAGUUUAUUGAAUUAAUUUAUAGAAAUGUGAUUGAGUUUUUUGAACCCAGUCUAAUUUCCCAUUAUGAAAAUUCUAUCACUCAUUCUGGUGCAAAAAUAGAAUAGUUGAAGCAUAGUUUAUUCUCAAUUCCAAUGGUCCAGUUGUUGAAAAUUCAUUGAAUAUCGAAAGCAUAUUUUGAAGGUAGAUUUAGAUCAGAACGAUAAAUUCAUAUUGAAGCAUAUUAAAACGUUGUAGAGACUAUACUGUCAAAUAAUCUGGAAAAUUGAUGUAAUAUUUUGAUUAUUCAAGAACUCAAUAUUAAUAUUAGUAUCAUAACUGUGUUGUAAAUAUAUUUUAUAUUGUACUGAAAUAGCUUUAAGAACAUCUUGUUAUAAUUUGAUAUGAAUGAUGAACAGUAUACAAUGUACAAAAUAUGAAACAAUUUUUUCGCCUUGAA